UUUUUUUUUUUUUUUUUUUUUUUUUCAGCGUUCAAAGUCCAUGAAACCCGAUCGUCUCCGCCCCGUUAGGUUCACUGUCCUGAAGAAUCAAGUUACAGGAGGCAUUUUUCCCAUAGCAGUCACUGGCAAGGAAGGUGGGUUUAGUUUUUAGUUUUUUUUUUUUCCUCCUUUGUGGGAGGAUUCAGGAUGUCAGCCAAGAUGUGACAGAAGCGAUGGGACGCUGAGAGUGUAGAGUAACGAGCAGUGCACGACGAGAACAGUUAAGUUUAUCUAGAGCCAAGAAAAUAAAACAAAUCACGUCAAAUGGCGGCACAGUAUUCUGACCUUGAGAAGGCCAUUAACACCUUGGUCACAAACUUCCAUGCUGCUUCUCCUGAUAAUCGGCCUACGCUGAAGGCAGAUGAGUUCAAGAACCUCCUCUCCUCCCAGCUGCCAACUUUAGUCAAGUCGGAUAAUUUUGGAGAGGUGCUGAAGCAAAUGGGAGUAAAGGAUGGGGAAGGCAUCAGCUUCAAGCACUUCUGGAGCCUGAUCCAGAAUUUGGCCACAACCCAGCAUGGUCUGCUGAGCAACGAGAAGUUGUCCAAAUGCACCUGCCUUUUACUAUGAGCCGUGGGCUUCAACCGCAUCUGCCACUAAGAUCUGGUCUCUCAUCGCUGCAUUUAUCUAGAACCACUCAUCUCCAAACAAAACACUAACUUUCUUUCCUAAGCAUUCCAGUACAUAAACACAAUUUGUACAUCAAGAUGUCUUCACAUACUUUUUUUUUUUUAUAAUGUGUCAAGCACUACAGCAGCCGUCAUCUCUCCUCAUAUCAAGUGUCAGGUUAAUUUUAAUUUACAGACCAGUUAAAUACUUCAUAUACCAUAGUUGAACUGGAGACCCAUUCAUUUUUCACUUCCAACUGGAUUUACUGCUUUCCAUAUGUGCAUUUAACAAGUGUUUCUCAGUAACAUAAAUAAAAAAAAUAUUUCCUUUUUCUGUGAGAACACUACGUAUUAACUUAGUGCCAUAAUAGUCUAAAGUAUGUGUAUGUCAAGACAAAGAUAUGUACUGAGAGGUAUAUGCAAACAAAAACAAUAAUACAAUUUUUUUAUUUAUAUUUUGUAAUACUGUUUUUAAGGCCAAAAAUCAAUAACACCCUGAAUUAUUGUCUAAUAAAAUUCAUAUAAAAAA